UCGACGUCGACUCUGAGAGCCGAAGAAAAAGGGGGGAAGAGAGAGGCCCCGCCUUGAAGCUCACACUCACAGGUUCACUCUCUCUCUCUCUCUCUCUCUCUCUACUGUGUCAGAAGGAGGAAGACGAAGAAGACGACUCUUUCCCUUUCCCUCGUUUUCUGUGUGAGGCGUCGCAGAGGAGAGGCGUCGUGCUUUCGCCGUCGGGCGGAUAACGCAUCAGGGUGGCUUGUUCUACCGGUGAAGCUGUCGCUGUCCCCUGUCUCUAUCGUCUGUGUGAUGGCUGAUUCGUUGCUGUAUUUGAUCUCUUCCUGCGGCAGGGGGGUUAAUUUUUAGGUAGGAAGAGGUAAGAGGAGGUUGCGUGGGGGUCCGGUGGCUUCGGUUGAGGGAAUUCGGAGGGGCUGCUGUGGUCGUGCCGGUGAAUGCGUCGGAGGUAGGUUCCGGGAGAGGGCGGGAGUUCGACGCAUACGAGGAGGUUGUGAGGGUUCCGGUUUUGCCGCCAGCCGGAAGUCAGACGCGAGCAGUGAAGCGAUUUGUUAAAGAGUGUAUUCAUUGUCAACUUUACAUAGAGAAAGAACUCAAGUAACAGAUAAGGGAUGCUGAGUUGCAUUUCGUUUGUUGUUGUUACUUGUUGUGGAAAUACAUAGGUUCAGCUUGGUGUGACAGCAUGUUCGGUGUUGUGGCAUGAAGAUAAUUAUGUCAGAGAUGUAUUUUCAUUGAUGAGGGUUAUAAUUUGGAAAAGGAUCUCCUAGUUGUCAGGUGCAUCAUCGUUGCUGCCAAUUAGAUAGUUCAUACUGCAUGAUGGCUGCAGAAAUAACAGUAAACAAGGCGACACAAUCAGAAUGCAGAAUAGUGGAAGAACACUUGCAUAUGAAGAAAAUUUUAACUCAUCGAACCUCAAAAUCAGUAAAAAGGUCACAGGUUCUUUCUCCUAGAGGAAAUAGAGGGUUGAAGAUGCGAGACAAACAGAUCAGUUUGAAAGAGAAGACUGUAAGCCAAUCAAGUAACAUUUCUGAACAACCUUCAACAUCCAAUGUUCACAGUGCCAAACCAGUACCGUUUGAAUACCCAGUGAAGCAUCCAAACAGCAGGCUCAACUGCAAGCUGUCAGAAAAGGAGGAGAUUAUCAAAUAUAUGUCAAGUUUACCACGCUAUCUCCAGCAUCCAGAAAGGGGAGAUGGAACUCAAAAUAAAGCUUUGAGUUUUGGUGUAUUAGAUUGGUCACUUCUUGAAGAUUGGAAUCACAGCAACAGUCGUGCAAUCUCAGGUGCAUCAAGUUCUAAAACAACUUCAUACUUCCCUGCUUCCAAUACAUCCACAUCAUCUUGCAUUGACAACAGAAUCCGCUCUAAUCGACAAAGAAGGGCAUCUUUGAGUACAUCAGACUUUUACAGGAGCUCAUUAUCUUCAAGAGCAGAUUGUGGCAAGACAUCAUCUCAAACUUCCAUGGCCUUUUCUGAUUCAAAACUUCAUGCCAGAUGGGUCAAGUCGACCGGUACUCAACACCGAGGAGUGGAUCGGAUUGCAGGAUAUAUGGACCGUGAUCUCCACAAUGUGAAGAAAAAAUCUUCGGACAAAGAAGCCAUUUCCCAGUAUCCUUUUGCAUCAGUAAGGAAGGGAGCUCAUGUAUCACAUAUAAAAAGCUAUGAUUUUUUGAGUUCCCCUGAGGAACUCAAGAUACAAAAUAUAUCCUCUAGUGAAAAAUAUUCCUUUGGAGAUUCUUUUCUGACAACUGAACAACCUAGACGUGAUAGAGGUGAUUCUCUUGCUAGUUGCCCUGAUGUUCAAUCUUCCAGAUUGCAAUCAAUGCCUGCUGGAACAGCUAGCAGUCUCGAUGGCAACAACUUGUCGGAAGGAUCUCAUUCACACAAAGAUUAUUUUUCAGAUCUAAACCACAAAAUUCAGCACCCACUUAUGCUCCCACAAAAAGAACUAAAAAGCUCCCUGGCAGGUAAAUCAGCAUUUGAUAUAAAUGACCAACUGGAUGAAGAAAUUCCAUUGCAUACUGGAAUAGAAGAUCAGCUGCAAACUGCCAAUAGCACUUUAGGCACAGGAAGAAAUUUUAUGUCUGCAAAGGGAAGUGCUAGCAUUGAUUGUACUGACCUAUCGUACAGCCCAUCUGGUCAAAAUGAAGUCAAAAAGCCAGAACCUGAGCAGAAUUUGUCACCAAUUCGUAGCUCUAGUCUUUGCAGGGACGGAACACCCAGAAGUCAAAGUUUCAGAGAGGGGAUUGGCGCAAGGACUUCCACAUUCAUCCUUCCCAGGUCAGAUUCUGUUAAAUCAGACACACCAACUCAUAAAGAUGAUUCCCCAAGACAAGUGAAAACCCACUUUAGAAACCAGUUCAGCCCAUUAAUGAGAAUGUUUAGCCCUUUAGUUAAAUCAAAAGCAAGGAAUUAUCUACCUUCAUCUGCAGAAUCUCUUGCACGACACAAACAUGAAGCUGCAUCUCUGUGCCAGUCUCUCUUACAAGAGCUUUCCUUAGGAGCAGAAGAGGGUUGUAAAUUAUCCAGCAAAGUGUUGUCCUCCGGUGAUGAGACAAUGGAAAAGGCUUCUGGUUUCUCUGCUCUACAAUCAACAAAUUCCGAUGACUCAAUGCUGGAUAAAAAACGAGUGUCUCUGUCAAAGCAUGCACUCCUACAGAUCAUUAGUAAGAACGGGAUACCACUGUUCAUUUUUUCCUCAAGCGACCAUAGAGAUGCCUUUGCAGCGAUAGAGAGGAAAAUUAGCAUCAACAGAAAGAAUACUUUGUACUGGAAGUACACAUUUCAUUCCAUUGCCAGUGUUAAGAAAAAAAAUGGAUGGAUGAAGCAGGGCAAAAAACCUGAUAGAUGUUGGCAAAUUUCUAAUGUUGUAGGUCACAUGGAGGCCAGCUGCUUAUUGUCUCCUCAUUUGGCCAGAGAUGGUAUUCUAGAAAAUCCAUUGAUGAUAGAGUAUGUUCUUUCUAGUGUGAGAUCAAGAGAGGCGUCAGAUGAAAAACCUGAUCUCAAAUGCCACGUGGAAGAUUUACUUAAUGGCGUAAAUUCUUGCAAUGAACUUGCAGCAGUCAUUAUCAAGACCCAUUCUGAACCAGUAAAAAGCAGCGUGAGGCAAGAUGAUGACAAAAGCAACACAGUAGCAGCUUUUACUGAGGCAAGUUCAUGUGCUAAACAUUCAAACCAUUCUGCUUCUGAUGUGUUUAAGAAAGAAAAACAAUCUUCCAACAAUGUGAAGGUUAUUCUUCCAAGUGGUGUUCAUGGCAUACCAGCUAAUGACGCAGGAAUGCCUUCUCGUCUAAUUGAUCGGUGGAGAUCAGGUGGAUCAUGUGACUGUGGAGGUUGGGAUGAGGGAUGCAGUCUCACCAUUCUUGACAGCCAAGGAUCAAAAAGCAAAAGUAGCUUGAGUUCCUCACAAGCUUCCUGUGAUUCAGAUGCCUGUGAACAAGUUAAUCUUUUCUUACAGGGCGCUCAACAGGAUGCACUGGCCUUGAGAUUUGCAGCAGUCCGUGAAGGACUGUACUCAAUUGAUUUUGAUGACCCUAUGUCCUCUCUCCAGGCAUUUUCCAUUUGCAUCGCAAUUUUGCACAGUAGAAAAAACACCAUCACAGCGAGGAUGGGCACCAAAACUCUACUGGAGUCACUCUUAGCCACACGCGAUGAUAGGUUCCAGAUGCCCACCAGAUUGCAGGGGACAGGUUCUUUGAAAUCCAUUCCCGACCCACCUCUGUCUCCUGUUGGAAGAGCCUAGUUGCUGUCCCUAUUAUCAUCCACAUAGGCCCUCAGGGAACCCAUUGUUGAUUUUGAGUUGAGAACAUGUCGAGUCAUCCUGCUAUGUACGAGUCAUCCUGCUAUCUAAGCAAGCAGAUUGCUGUCGUAUGAGAACCGGGUUGAUCUGGUUCUGUAUAUAUGCAUACCUCAUAUUUACCUGUCUUGCAUUUCUGAUUGUGAGCACAAAAGCUGCAAUUAUCAGGAAAUAAAAGUGGAAGUGUAAUCGACUAGCGACUUUGCAUCGCUGUCUGCAAUUGAUAAAAAGUGAUGAAAUCUCUUUUGGGCCACCAUCCUUCUUUCUCUUUUCUGUUGCCCCACGGUGCUUGUUUCUGUAAACAUUCUCAGUGGCAAACUGAAGACUUGCUCCGAUUAUCAA